CAGAUGAUGUAUAUUUUUGUCAUAUAUGUUAUAUAGUUGAAAACUUGGCAAUGAUUUUAACAAAUUUUAAAUAUAAGAAAAUUUUUAAAAAUGCACUUGAAUGGAAGCCAUGGCUUCAAAAAAUCUGUCAUUGUUGGAAUUGGUCACAUACCAAAUCACCAUUAAUCUGGAAAAAAGUUGGUUUAUCUGAAAAUAAUGUUACUUAUAUUGGUGGUGUUAAUCAAUUUUGGGAGUUUUUACACUUACAUUAUAAUAUUAGCGAUUAUAUUACAAAAGAUGAACUUGAAAAAUUACAAUUGGACUACUCACUUGUAAAAAAGAUAUUCAAUUAUAAUAACGAAGCUGUUAUAUAUGUUACUAUUAUUACAGAUGUAUAAAGAAACAUUGAAAUUACCAUGUAUAAAAAUGCCACUUGUAUAUCAUCGUCACAUUACGGUACUAGGCGCCGGUAAAGCAUUGUGUGUAGACUUAAUACCCCAAUUAAUAACAAUUAAAGAAUUAUGGUUAAUGCAUGGUAUCAUCAUUAAUUUAUACGAUAAACCUGGUUGUUAUUUUAAAAUUAAACACAUUGCUCAAGAUAUGGAAGCCAUAGGAGGUGGCUUAUAUUCAACAAGAAUCAUAAAAAAUGUUUCAGAUGGAUUAUAUGAUUGUGAUAUAUUAAUUAAUUUAGAUGUUGUAUCAAAGGAAGAAAGUGAAAAUAUGUAUUCUUGGUUACGCAGUAAUUAUAAUAGUAUGGCUAAAUUAGCAAAGCAGAUAAAUAGAUACGCAUCUCCUGAAAUGAAAGUACUUCUUUGUUCAACGAGUGUGAGUUGUUUCUGUGUAAAUGUGCUUCAUGUUUUAGUAACUAAAUUACCGAAGACUAAUAUCGUAGCUGUUAGUUCUCAUUAUGGGCUAGACAUUAUGUAUAAUUUUUUGACAAAGUUUAAUUUACCUGCAUACAAUUUUGGUUGCCCUCCUGUAUGGGGAUUUUUGGGUUGGUUAAAAAGUUUAUAUGAAAUAGUUAUAUAAAAUAAUGAAAG